AUGGAAAAGGCGGCAUUUUUUAACAGGAUGGCGUCUCUUAUGUCCUCCUAUGAGAAGCAAUAUGGAAAUCUAACAAGUGAAAUAACAUUUAAGAUGGGCAGAAUACCUCGUCUGUUAGCAGAUGAAAAAAAGAAAGAAAUACAAGGAACCAUUCGUCUUUUCGAUGAGACUAAGGAACUACUAGAACAAAUGUCUUUAGAAGUGGAAGAACUACCUUUUGACUUAAAAACUAAGCAAGCAACACGAAUGCAGUGCUUCAAAAGCGAAUUUUUAAAGCUCGAGAAGGAAUUUUUAAAGCAUCACCCUCGCUAUUCCUUACAAUCCCAACGUUCCGAUUCACUAAGUCAUGAUGACCACGUUGUUGAUUAUGAUAUGAAACAGAAGCUAUUGGCUAAUAACGUACACCUUGAAAGCUCCGGCCGGAAAUUACGUGAUGGAAUCAGAACAGCUUAUGAAACACAAGAAAUUGGCUCACAAAUCUUAUCCGAUCUCAACAUGCAGCGUGGUUCUUUGCAGAAAAGUCGAGAUAGGGCAACUGUGGCUGAAUGUGAAGUGCUUUUAAACAUUAAGGAAUUAACGGAUAAAUGUCAUACAUAA